UAUUAACGAACCAUUGUUUUUUUGUUCAAACCAACUGUCUAUAACGGCGGGCAACGCUAGUCAAGGCGUGAAGUCAAGCAAAGAUGGGUCGUAUGCACAGUGGUGGCAAAGGGAUCUCUGGGAGCGCGUUGCCUUACAGGCGAUCUGUUCCAUCAUGGCAAAAGAUGACAGCAGAUGAAGUAAAGGAACAGAUAUACAAGUUAGCGAAAAAAGGAUUAUCACCUUCUCAAAUCGGUGUCAUUCUGCGUGACAGCUUCGGGGUCGCUCAGGUUAGGUGGCUAGCUGGGAACAAGAUACUUCGCAUUCUUAAAUGCAAAGGCUUAGCGCCGGAUAUUCCAGAAGAUCUAUACCAACUGGUCAAAAAAGCCGUAGCUAUUCGGAAACAUUUGGGCAGGAAUGCCAAGGACAAGGAUAGCAAAUUCAGACUUAUCCUAGUUGAAAGUCGCAUCCAACGAUUGGCUCGCUACUACAAAAGGAAAAGGGUUUUGCCCCCUAAUUGGAAGUAUGACAGUUCCACAGCAUCAACACUAAUUGCCUGAUUAACUGUAUGACCAAAUGUAAAUUAUGUGGUUGCAU